GUGUGGGGAGCGAUUUCUACAGGAAAUACCUUCCGCCGCACAGAGCAUUUGUGUAGGGCUGCCAUUUUAGCAAGCUUACGCAGCACAAAUAAGUGAUGGGGAUCAAAUUGGUCCAGCUCACCUCCAAGUCACACCAUGAAAACAUCCUGUCCUCUCUGCACCAGCUGAGGCUGCAGGGACACUUGAGUGAUGUCACAGUGCAGGUGGACUUCCAGGGAGAAGUGCAGGAGUUUCAGGCUCACCAGGUGGUGCUGGCUGCAUCCAGUGGCUACUUCAAGAAAGUCCUUCUCUCUCAGGAUGCAGUCCAGGACAAACUAUUACUGUCAAACAUGCACUCUGACAAUUUCUCCAAAUUCCUGGAGUUUGUGUACACUGGCAGAGUUGAAAUCGUUAGAGAUAAGAUCGUAGAAGUUCAAGCCAUGGCACAGUUGUUGGAUUGUAAGGCUUUGACGGAGGUUUGUGGUGAGGCCAUGAGUGCUGGAAUUGCACAAAAACCUAAAAGAAAAAAAUCAGAAUCAAAUGUUGAUCAAUGUGAAGUAGAGGGUGGCAAGAAAAAGAAAACGAAAAGACAACCCGUAAGCUUGUCACAUAAGCUGCAGCUCUCUCCAUUGAGCUCUGAGAAAAAAGUAAUUCCAAGAAGAUUGAAAGCAGUGAAAAAUGAACAGAGGAAAGAAAAACAGAAGACAGUUGGUGACAAAGUUCUGCAGAAGAAUUUACAAACUAAAAAACAGGCUUCUAACAAUGAAAAACAAGUCACUGAUGGAGACCCAGAGGAGAAGGACAGGACUGAAGUUGAGACUCAGCCAGAGACUGUUGAUGAGUCUUCACUGGAAAUGAUGGUCCCUGAUGCAGAAGACUGGGAAUAUGAGGAUGAUGUGCAAAACGAUGAUUCUGAACAGCCCUCAUUAUCCCUGGAUGAAGACAAUCAGGAGGAAGGAGAAGAGGGCGAAGAAGGAGAGGUCAAGCUGAAGUUAAAAAGAACAUCUAAAGCCCAGUUUGAGUGUAACAAGUGCCAACGUACUUUCCACUAUGAGAGAAGCUACUUGAAGCAUAUCAGUACAUACCAUGGAGUGAAAGCAGACGUGGUGUAUCGCUGUGAGACCUGCCUGCAGACCUUUGCUAACCGCAGCAACUUAAACAUCCAUGAAAAGCACGUCCACAGCAGCGAGAGGCUUUUUUCCUGCGGCUCCUGCUCGAAGACAUUCAAACGAAAGAAGGAUGUUGUCCGGCACCAGAGACAAGUGCAUGAGCGUAACAAUCUGCAUCACGUUUGCCCCGAGUGUGGAAAAGCACUCAGCUCCAAAACUGCCCUGCUGCUGCAUGAGCGGACACACACGGGUGCAAAGCCGUUCCAGUGCACCGACUGUGAUGCAAGGUUCAGCCAGAAUGCUGCGCUCAAGAUGCAUCGCAGGACUCACACAGGAGAGAAGCCAUUUGCAUGUGAUGAGUGCGAUGCCCGGUUCACUCAGAAGCACAUGUUGGCUUAUCAUAAGAGAUCACACACAGGAGAGAAGCCAUUCAUGUGUGAGGCUUGUGGGAAAAGCUUUGCGUCUAAAGAAUACCUCAGGCACCACUCCAACAUCCACACUGGGUUCAAACCGUACAAGUGUGAGAAGUGUGGCCGAGGUUUUGCUCAGAGAAAUUCCCUUCACCAGCAUUUAAAAAUACAUACAGGUGAGCGUCCGUACAGCUGUAAAGACUGUGAUAAGCAGUUCACCCAGAUCAACGCCCUGCAGAGGCACCAGCGCAUUCACACAGGAGAGAAACCCUACAUGUGUGGCCUUUGCAACCGCACCUUCACAGACAUGUCCACCCUUCGCAGACACACUAUGACUCAUGACUCUGAUGCUCCCUGGAAGACCUACCUGGUGGUGCUGAAGGGAAAUGUGGAGGACAAGAAGCCAAAGUCUCCCACCAAAGGAAAGGCAGAAAAAGCAGGAGCAGGGGAGAAGAGGAGUGCAGAGAGAAAAAGUGCUGUUGCCACAGGUUCUGAUGAUGCUGCUGCUGCUGUUGAUGUUACAGCUGGUGCUGAUGGUGAGGCUGUUGCUCAUGCUGCCACUGGUGUUGCCGAUAUUGCAGGUCAAACUAACAGUGACUCUAUUGUGGUACCCGUUGAGCCAGUCACACUCCCAUCUGAUUGGGCAAGUCAUGGAACCAUCGCUCUGGUCAGCCACGCUGCCCUCGGGAGUAUCACUGUAAUCCAUACUGACGCGUCGUCCGGAACACAGAUCCAACCCAUUAUGACCACGGACACCACAGGAACCAAUAUCAUUUCAAUAGACGGGUCUGCUAUCCCUGUCCCCUUCUCCAUACCUGUAACUAUGGCUCAUCCCGUCCCUUUGUCCUCUGAGGCUUCCUCCUCUUUUUCUGUGCCCUCUGUUCUCUCAGUUCCUGUUUCUGAUGGUACACUGUCAUCGGUCUCAGUGAUCCCGUCUGUUUCCACGUCAUCUGUCCUUGAAACGGCUGUUUCACAAACAAUUCUGGCUCCAAGCUCUGAGACCAAGAUCACUUCUGAGAUGGAUAUGUUACAGACUGAUAUUCAGACUGUCAUUGUUGGUGAGGAGGCUUGUGGAAAAGAAGAACCAGCAGCUGUCGAAAGUGAUGAGCAGCAAAGGACAGUCAUUAACUCUUCAGAUGAACCCGAAAAGGCCUCAGAUCAAGAGGCAGUGUAGAGCAAUCGUGUAAAUAUUAAGAAGUGUCAAUCACUUUCUUAAAGUGCGUGUAAAGCACACAUUAUAUAUUGGCUGAGAACAUGUGAAAAAAAAACAACUGCAGCAACCACUGAUAGAGAAAGGGGGAGACAGAGAGCAGGACUGUAGCUAAACCAGCUCUCUGUUGAAUAUCUUCUGUACAAACAGCGACAUUCACCUGUCAAUGUUGCUGAAUGUUACACAGUUUGAAACCUAAUUUUGAAACAUUUGGCCACAUUUUGUAUUUAUAUCGCUUUACACACACUUUAAUGUUGUAUAUACUUGGAAUUAGCCACGUGUGACAGUGUCUUCUCACUAUGUUGUGUUUCAUUAACAGCCACUUAGAUGUGAUGUUACCUGUAUUUCACACUGUGGUAGAAUAUCACCGUUUUCAUCAAGAACCCGCUGAGCUUUAGCAACAUGUUAAGAUAUGUAACUAUGGUAUUAUGUGUACUUAACAAAUGGAAUAAUACAUAAUGGUUUAAAGUAAUUGUAUUGAUUUAUUUGGGUCUGAAUGUAAAUAACAGUUUCUGUGUUGAAACAAAUGCCGUGUUUUCAUAAUAAUAAUCAACUACUCCACAAAAAAGUGGGAGGAUUCAAAAGGCAGUGUCUGAAAACACAUGUUCUGAAGAACAACUUUCAUCCAAAGUAAAUGUAAUAAAGCUGCUGAAAUGAG